UUUUAUUUUUCCCUGUUAAAAGCGAUAAAAAACUAGACUUUGAAAGAAAAAUCAGAGAAACAGAAACAUGGGGUUUCCUCCAAAAGCUACAGUAAUUGUAACUGCAAUCUUGUGGUUGUGCAGUGUUGCCGGAAGUGUUCCAGACACUGACGUCAACACCGUUCUCUGCAACUCCGGCGUGUAUUCUCAGGGCGACCCUUUUGCUAUCAGUUUAAACUACGUCGUUGCAGAGUUGGAGACGGUUCCCCCAACGCGCAAAAGCUACGAUUUCUUCAACAUAUCUCCUUAUCCUAAUGCUUUUGCCUACGGUCACGCUGCCUGUAACCAAAAUCUCACCAGCUCAGAUUGCACUACCUGUCUUGCUGCCGCGAAGACGGCAAUGUUUAGCAAGUGUCAAAGCCGGAUUGGGGCCCGUGCAGUUCGCCAUGAUUGUACAAUGAGGUAUGAGCAGUACCCAUUUACUGAUUAGAAAGAUGGGUAGCGUAGGGUAACCUUACCCAAUAGAUUAUAUUGGACUUUAUUAUGGGAUAUAUAUGUUUAUCCAUUUCAAAUGUACUGAGAAUUCUGUUGCUGAGUGGGAUCGAUCGAUCUUUCUUGCUUCAAUCUUUUCACUUUUUAUCUUGUUUUACACUCUUAUUGGAGUUGUAUUAAUCCCGAUCAUUCACGAAGACAAUCUUUCCCUUU